GCGAUCUGUCGUCGCCAGCGGCGCUGUACGGAGCCGUGGCAGACCAGUCGCUGCUAACGCCGGUGUGAACCCAGGGACAACAAUAUCGACGCGGCGGACACGACGAAACCAGCACGACGUCGUGCCAACACAGCGAGUGCUACCACCGCCGCUCAACUCCGACCGCGCAGCCGCCGCCGCCGCCGCCGCCCAGUGCUGCACGACCCACGACCGGGUGCUCUACCAGGCGGGAGCGGAGUCGCCCUGGUCCUCCCCGUACCCGGACUACAACGCCGGAAGCGCCGUCAUGGCUACGCGCAAGAGACCGCCCGGCUACGGAGGGUACCUCGGCGCCUACCACAGGCACCGAGGUGGCGUGGGCGCCGGUUCGUACACCAGCAGCAGCCGUCGGGCGGUGGACCGUCGCUUCCUGUCCGUGUACAUGGCGCUGGUGUUCCUGCUGCUUUUCGGCUGCCUCUUCCUCACGCAGCUCGUGUCUGACGCGCCCAACAGGGGGCUCGACCCACUGGAACCGGGCAUCCUGGACAGCCUCUUCCAGGCCGUAGACGACGGUCACCGGGGCGACUCCGGCCUGUUCCCGGGAGGCGGCUCCGACGGGGGCGGGAGCGACCUCCCGGGCGACGUCAACAUGAGCACGCUCGUCGAUCUCGCCGAGACGCGCGGUGACCGCUGGCAGAGGGUGCGGCGCACCAACGACCGCUUCUACGUCUUCUCGGCGUACCUGGACGCGCGCCGGGUGCGCAUGGUGCGCGUGAUCGCUGCGGCGCGCACGCGGCUCACGGACCGCGUCGUGUGCCGCCUCUUCUGGCGCGUGGUGGGCGGCGACGAUGACGGCGCCUUCCAGUCGGCCACCGUGCUCGCCUCCAACAAGCUGAUCCGCGAGAACUGGAACCUGCGCUACAGCGCCUUCUUCCUCCUCUGCCCUCUGCCGGCGGGCGUGACCGGAGAGGUGCCCCUGUGGGUGGCCGUGCAGCGCCUCAACGACCGCAGCAUGCCGCGCAACCUGAUGGCCGUCCACCGCAAGGACGAAGACUUCGACAGCCGGCUGCCCGAGGACCGCGAGCUCGCCGUCUGCGUCAAGCCCAUCCACUACGAGUACAACAAGGUUCUGCAGUUUGCUGAAUUCAUCGAGUUGAACGUGGCGCUGGGCGCGUCGCACUUCAUCUUCUACAACCACACCGUGGGUCCGGACGUGGGCUGCCUGCUGGAGCGGUACGCGAGCGAGAACCUGGCCACCGUGCUUCCGUGGGAGCUGCCCAUUGCCUCCCAGCGCGAGAUCCGCACCGAGGCCCUGUUCGCGGCGCUCAACGACUGCCUGUACCGCGUCAUGUACCGAUUCCGGUGGGUGGCCAUGAUCGACCUGGACGAGUUCAUCGUGCCCUCAGGAAACAUCACCAUACCCGCCAUGAUCAAGAGGCUCCAGGACAGGAACAAGAGCGGUCGAGCGGGCGCCUACUCGUUCCGGAACGCCUUCUUCUACCUUCAGUGGCCCGACGACCCAGUGGCUGCCGGUGACAAGCUCCCGCUGGUCACGCUUCGCAAGACCCUGCGCAAGCUUCACUUGCACGCCCACCGCCAGCGCUCCAAGUGCAUUAUGGAUCCUGAGAGUGUUGUGGAAGUGGGCAACCACUUCGUCUGGGAGUUCCUGGCCGGCAAGACGACCGUCAACGUGGCAUCGAGCGUAGCCUUCCUCCACCACUACCGCGUGUGCGAGUUCGGCGGCAACGACUGCGUCAACGCCACCUCGGUGCGCGACACCAAGGUCUACUACUGGAAGACGCGCCUUUUGGAGGCCGUCAGCCGGCGGAUGAAGAUGCUCAGACGUCGCGACCUUGCCUGUCCCGGACAGCCGCCGCGGGUGAGACCGGGCAACAGGACCUCGGUGGCGCAGGUUGGCGCGCCGACCUCGCCGUCUUCGUCGUCGUCACCGUCAUCGUGACCACGCCCUCGGAGACGAGAAACGUGAACGAAGGUUACGUGAUAAUGGUCAGCUUGUACAGAGGAGCGUUGUUGUUCGUGUGGUGGCUCUUGUCUGUAGAAAGCGUCCCUGGAAACUCUGACGCAACAACGCGGUCUUGGACGACGUCUCGAUGGAUGUGGCGUCAUAGACGUGCGCGGCGUGCGUUGGGCCCCCAACCACGGUUUGAGAACCACGAUUACGUCCUUGUUUCGACCCGUCGUUUUCCGCGAUUCUGAGAGAAGAUUGUCUCACACGCCAUAGGGUCACUGUGAAACUUUCGAGUAUGCUAGGCCUGCAACAAGAGAAAACUACUGCUCGAUACUUGUAUGUGUUCAGGAACUAUCCAGCGAGACGGUCUGCGCACGUGUCAGUGACCAUCGCAGACCUUGAAAGAAAGAGAAUAACGCUUGAUCUCUGGUUUGUCGGCGGCUACCAUGCUCUCAUGAACAGUUUUCGACAUAGUGAAAGCAGACCUUGAGCGAGGAAGCUGCUAUGUGCAAGGGCUGCGAGAUCACAUGGUCUCUUUCCUAGCCUGUUGAAGUUAGCAUGCAAACAUCAACAGACCGCGACGGCGUUACUCCGCCUUCGACCAGCAACUCUGAAUUCAAGCGCAUGUGUUUUUAUUUCUCGUCUUUUUACCUUUAUUUUAUUUUCGUUUUUAGCGUUUCUGAUUUGUGCACUUGUAUUUCCUGCCACGCAUCGUUAGUACGGACAACUUCCCUUUGUUUUAUUCACUUUAAACUACAAAGUAUGUCUUCGCCUCAUUGUGCAAAGAGAUGUGACCAGCUUCGUCUCAGUGGUUUCAUCAUGCGCGUGUGCUGCGUCGGCACUGUCCAAGGUCUUCGAAAUUUCAGCGGUCAUCUG